AUGGGAAGGCGAGUUUUACAAGUUGAGCUUUUCAGUGGACCAAGGACGAUUAUACAGUGGAGUAGAUUCUAUUCUUCAGCUGAUUAUCAGCUGCCUCUGCAAACAUCUCCAGAUCAGGCGCCCGUCAUUCGCGAUCCCACAGCACCCAUGGUUAACGUGGCCGCCUCUUUAUUGAGCUGGGGCCCCUUUCGAAAGGAAUUCGCAAGAUGGGGAAGACAGGCGGAGUUGUUUCAUCCAGACGAUUAUCCUGAAUACAGUUCCGGCGGCUCCCGUUCGACCACAGCCGCUCACGGAGGAGGUGGAGGCCGACGCCCCAACUUCGGAAACACCACACUCAACUCUGACCAGAUUCAGAACACGACUUUUUCAGAUCACAGCUCGUUCUCUGAUGAUAUGACUUCGCGACUUAAAAAUAACGAUAGAUUCGGCGCAGAAUUAGCAACUGACAACGCGCCGAUAAUUGAAGCCCCAGAUGGAACCUCGACGCCGAGAAGUGGACCUUCUCCAAAUAAUGCUCCGAUGAGUCACAAAGGAAGAGGAUUUUAUUUAAAUUCAUUACUCUAA